UUGGCCAAAUGACUUCCGCAACCAGAUUCUCUGGCCCACUAAUCGUGGCCCUGACCUUCGCCCUGGUGGCGCACACGUGGGCGGAUGAAUUCGACCUGGACUACUCCAAUGAGUACGACGAUGUGCGUCCGCAUUUGGUCUAUCCAGACGAUCCGAGGCUGGACAAGCGGAUCGGCGAUGCGGCGCGUGAGUUUGGACAAAAUGUAACCCAGGCAUGGAACGCGAUGGUGGACUCGUUUAAGAACUAUUUCGAGGAGCUCAAGAACCUUUUCGCCGACACCACGGAUCACAGUGGAUCACCCAAUGAGAUCUUUUCCACCCACUGAAAUGUGGACUCAACUUUGCGGCAAAUAAAGCGUGGCAAGAAACAUUUGAACAUUCAUUUGAUUCGGGAAUACCCAGUAUUCAAAGCCAACUUGAUUGCUUUUAA